AUGGGUUCUCCUGAUGACUCUAUGUCCUCAAGUAUUAAGUCUAGCAAAUUCUCUCCUGCAGUCUCCCUUUUAACCUCCUGGCACCUGUCCACUGCUGUCCAUAUAACUACUGAGUCAAGUCGAGUGGUUGAAGGAGAAAACAUCCUUUUGCUUGUGCAUGAUCUGCCAGAUAAUACUAAAUCCUUAGUCUGGUUCAAAGCUCUAAGAAAUGCGACAGAAGAAAUUGCAGCAUAUGCACUGCCCUACAAUUUAAGUAGGCCAGGUCCUCUGUACAGUGGUAGAGAGACAAUAUAUCGCAAUGGAUCCCUGAUGAUAGAAAAUGUCAACCUCAAGGACGCAGGAUUCUAUAUUCUACAAACCUAUAACAGACGUAAAAAAGUCAUAUCAACAACAACCAUGUACCUCCAAGUGAAUGCCUUCCAUUGGAAUUGUGGACGUCUCGCUACCUCUGGCCAGCCCACUAUUGAAUCAGUGCCAUCCAGCGUUGUUGAAGGAGGAAGUGUUCUUCUAAUUGUUCGCAAUCCCCCAGAGAAUAUUAUAGCAUUUGCUUGGUUCAAAGGAAUGGUUGUGUUUAAGAGCCAGGAAGUUGCCCGAUACAUAAUAGAGAAGAAAUCAACAGUAUGGGGGCCUGCACAUAGUGGCAAAGAGACAUUGUACAGGGAUGGAUCCCUGUUGCUUCAUGGUGUAACUCAAAAAGACUCUGGGUUUUAUACUCUAGCUAUUCUGAGAACAGAUAUGAGAAGUGAAGAAGCACAUGUGCAUCUCCAAGUGGACCCCUCACAUUCUCUGUGUUGCAACCCUCUCACUCCUUUCCCACUCAUGAUCCAACCAUUGCCUCCAUAUGCUGUUGAAGGGAAUGAUGUACUUCUUUACGUUCAUAAUCUUCCAGAAGAUCUGCAAGGCUUUGCCUGGUACAAAUCGAUAUAUAGGGGCCAUGUCAUUAAAAUUGUAGAAUACAGCUCAGCCAUGUAUUCUCUCUCUUGGGAGCCUGAAUACAAACCAAGAGGGACAAUGUACAAAGACGGAUCCCUGAUGCUCCUGAAUGUCACUGAGGAAGAUGCAGGAAUGUAUGCACUAGCAAUUUUAAACAAAGAUUUCAAAAUAGAAGAAGCCUACGUGAAAUUUCAUAUAUACAAGAAUGUGACACAGCCCUUUGUGCAAAUCUCUGAUACCACAGUCACAGGACAAAGAUCUGUGAUCUUCUCCUGCAUUUCACCUGACACUAAUAUCUCUAUCCGUUGGAUCUUCAAUAAGAAGAAUCUGCAGCUCAAAGAGAGGAUGACUUUGUCCCCAACAAAGUGUGGACUCAAAAUAGAUCCUGUCAAGAGUGAGGAUGCUGGAGAAUAUCAGUGUGAGGUCUUCAACCAAGUCAGUUCGAAGAUCAGUCCCCCAGUGAGCCUAGCCGUCAUGAACGAGUGA